UUCUCCAUACAGCUGGCGAGCAGGGUUCUGAGAGCCGUCCUCUGGUCCCGCUGCGGGAAGGGGCGGGUUGUCCAGCAGAGGUGCCGCCUCUCCCGAGCUGCUGCUCUCGGUGGGCUGUGCCCUCUUAUCUCCUCGGGAAGCGAGGGACAGAGUGGGAAAGAGUGGUGAAAGAUGCUGUGGCUGCCUGUCGCCUUCCAGUUGGUGCUGGUGCUGUGCAGCCAGGGCACGGAAAGGUGCCCGUCAGCCUUCUGCGAGUGCUCCGACUGGGAUGACUACAAAAUUACUUGCAGGGACAUCCACUUCAUUCCCAGCCUUCCAGAGGACACUCAGACCCUGAGGUUUAUGGAGACUCAUCUAAGAACAAUUCCAGGUGAAGCAUUUUCCAAUCUCCCAAACAUCUCUAGAAUUUAUAUCUCCAUAGACGAAACACUUAGGAGUCUGGAGGCCCACUCCUUCAACAGUUUGAGUAAAGUCACUCACAUUGAAAUUCGAAAUCUUAGAAACUUGGAUUACAUAGAUCCAGAUGCCUUUAAGAACCUUCCACUGUUGAAAUACCUUGGUAUUUUCAACACUGGACUCAAAGUAUUUCCUGACCUCACUAAAAUUUCUUCAUCUGAUGUGAACUUUUUACUUGAAAUUGCAGACAAUCCUUUCAUGACUUCAGUGCCUGCAAAUGCUUUCCAUGGGCUCUGUAAUGAAUCUCUAACUUUGAAACUCUACAAUAAUGGUUUUACCAGCAUCCACAGCCAUGCUUUUAAUGGGACAAAUCUGGAUGCUAUCUAUCUGCACAAGAACAAAUACCUGAAAGUUAUCAAUGAAGAUGCAUUUCUAGGAGUGCAUAGUGGACCAACUCUACUGGAUGUCUCCAGAACAGUCAUUGUUAAUCUUCCUGUCAAAGGAUUGGAAAGCCUUAAAGAACUAAUGGCCCAAAACACAUGGACGUUAAAGAAAUUACCAGCUGUAAAGAUAUUUCUUCAGCUAAUUCGAGCUGAUCUGUCCUAUCCAAGUCACUGCUGUGCUUUCAAGAACUGGAAAAAGAACAGUGGAAUUCUGGAGUACUUGAUGUGUAACCAGACUGGCAGUCACAGUUUUCGAAAUAGAAGAUCGCUCAGAGCUAUCAGAGAACCGUUUUACAAAGAUCAUACAGAAGAAUACACAGACCGCACUGAUUCUGUUUAUGACAAAAACACCAAGUUCAGGAAUUUCCAUGAAAAUUCCCAAUAUUAUAUAUUUUUGGAAGAACACGGGGAAGAAAAUGUUGGGUUUGGCCAAGAGCUCAAAAACCCUCAAACUGAAGACAUGCAGGCCUUUGACAGUCAUUAUGACUAUCUUGUCUGUGGAGGCAAUGAGGAUGUAAUAUGCACUCCAGAGCCUGAUGAGUUUAAUCCCUGUGAGGACAUAAUGGGAUACCAGUUUCUGAGGAUUGUGGUAUGGUUUGUGAACUUGCUGGCCAUUGUAGGUAAUGUUUUUGUCCUUUUUAUCCUCCUAACCAGCCAUUACAAACUGACUGUACCACGCUUUCUUAUGUGCAACUUAGCCUUUGCUGAUUUUUGUAUGGGGUUAUAUCUUCUCCUGAUUGCUUCAGUGGACCUCUACACCAGAUCAGAGUACUAUAAUCAUGCUAUAGAAUGGCAGACAGGGCCUGGUUGCAACACAGCAGGUUUCUUCACAGUCUUUGCUAGUGAGCUUUCUGUAUACACACUCACUGUGAUCACCCUGGAGCGCUGGUAUGCCAUCACCUUUGCCAUGAGUCCCAAUCGAAAGAUUCGCCUCCGGCAUGCUUUGGUUAUCAUGCUGGGAGGUUGGCUUUCAUGCUUUCUUCUUGCCCUUUUGCCACUGGUUGGAGUCAGCAGCUACAGCAAAGUCAGCAUCUGCUUACCUAUGGACACUGAAACGCCAGUGGCUGAAGCCUAUGUUGUCUUUGUUUUAAUAUGUAACAUUAUUGCUUUUGUCAUCAUUUGUGCCUGCUACAUAAAAAUCUAUAUCACUGUGCGAAACCCUCAGUACAAGUCAGGAGACAAAGACACCAAAAUUGCCAAGAGGAUGGCUGUGUUGAUUUUCACUGACUUUCUGUGCAUGGCUCCUAUCUCUUUCCAUGCCCUAUCUGCUAUCAUGAACAAACCAUUGAUAACAGUCACUAAUUCCAAGAUUUUGUUGGUACUUUUCUAUCCACUCAAUUCUUGCGCCAACCCAUUUCUAUAUGCUAUUUUCACCAAAGCUUUCCGAAGAGAUGUGUUUAUCCUGCUGAGCAAGUUUGGUAUAUGUGAGCAUCAGGCUCAAGUCUACAGAGGUCAGACAAUCUCAGUCAAAAACAGCAGUGGCUCUUAUGGGCAGAGAAUCAGCCGAGGGUUAGGUCAGAUUCUUACAAGCAUCCAAGACCCAGUCAACGAUUACCUUCCUGCUAUGACAAUGCAAAACCAAAUUCUUGUGGAAGAAUGCAAGCAAACUGAGCUAUGAUGUCUCAAAGUCACACAGUCAAAAUUUUGUCAACAUGUUGUUGUGUACACAGUAGAUUGAGUGAGAAGUGCACAUUUUCUCCCUAUUUUCCCCUACCCUACCCUUGUGGUGGAUG